AUGCCUGGUUUGGUCUCCGCGACAGGCGUCUUAGCCUUUCUCGCCGACGAGGAACCCGAACUCAAGGUUUUUGCCCUGCAGACUCUCAAUGACGACAUUGACACUGUCUGGACCGAGGUCGCCGGCUCCUUGAGUCAGAUCGAGGCCCUAUUCGAAGACGACUCAUUCCCCGAGCGGCAGCUCGCCGCUCUCGUACUUGCCAAGGUGUACUAUCACCUCCAGGCGUACAAUGACAGCAUGGUCUUUGCCCUUGCCGCUGGCGAUCUCUUCAAGCUCGAGGCGCCCAGCGAAUUUGAGGAGACCAUCAUCUCCAAAUGUGUUGACCAGUACAUUGCUGUUACUGCCGCCAAGCACGCGAAGCCGAAAGCCUCCAAAACCGCCGAGCUGCCCGAGCUGACGACCUUUUCCCACGCCGCCGAUGGCGCACUCAUGUCCCCGACGACGCCAUUCUCUCAUACGACUCUGCCGUCAAAGUCACUCCUCUCCCGAGCGUCCCUCGACAACACGAUAUUUGAGGCUACCUUCCAGCCUCUCACCAAACAAGGACGUUCGAGCUCCAUCGCCCAGCUGCCCGACCAAGCGACCGAAGCGUCUCUGCAGAGGGUGAUUGAGCGGCUGUUUGAGAGCUGCCUCAAGCACGGCCGUUACAGGCAGGUGGUGGGAAUCGCCGUCGAGUCCAAGAAUCUCGAGGUUCUUCGUCGCGUCAUCAAGCGUGCCAACGAAGAGCGCUCCAAAUCCAAGACUCCAGAUGGGGUCUCGAGCCCGGCAGAGGAACUGAUGGAGUACGCGCUCGGCAUCUGCAUGGAUAUCGUCCAGGAGCGAGCCUUCCGAACCCAGAUCCUGCGCCUCAUUCUCGACUUGCUGCAUGAUAUCCCGAACCCCGAUUAUUUCGCCAUCGCCAAGUGUGUCGUCUAUCUCAACUCGGAUGACGAAGCGUCGCACAUGCUUCAGACCCUGGUCGACAACGGCGAUCGCACGUCCAUCGCCAACGCCUACCAGAUCGCCUUUGACUUGUAUGACAACGGUACCCAGGAGUUCUUGGGCAAGGUCCUCGCAUCCCUGCCGUCCGGCAAGAGCACCAAAACCGACAACGAGACCGAGGGCAGCGACAAGGAGAACAGCGAGAGUAAGCCUCUCCUGGCAAACGAGGGGCAAGGACAGGAUUCGGAGGAGGAAGAGUUGCCCCCCAAUGUUGCCAAGGUGUACCGCAACAUUCGAUCCAUCCUCGACGGCUCCAAGACGAUUCGCCUGAAUCUCGAGUUCCUCUACCGCAACAAUCACACGGAUUUGAGCAUUCUGAACAAGGUUCGCGAUAGUCUCGAGGGGCGCAAUUCCAUCUUUCACACCGCCGUCACCUUCUGCAAUGCCUUCAUGAACCAGGGCACCACCAACGACAAGUUUUUCCGCGAUAACCUGGACUGGCUUGGCAAGGCCGUCAACUGGUCCAAGUUCACUGCCACCGCUGCGCUUGGCGUCAUCCACCGUGGAAACCUUUCUCAGUCCCGAAAACUUCUCGAACCCUACCUUCCUCGACAAGGAGGCCUAAGUAGUGGUUCCAUUUUCAGUCAAGGUGGUGCUCUCUAUGCCUAUGGGCUCAUUCACGCCAACCACGGCGCCGAUGCGCUCGACUAUCUCAAGAUGCAGCUUGGCCAGGCCGAGGAGGAGGUGGUCCAGCAUGGCGGUGCUCUUGGCUUGGGCAUUGCCGGCAUGGCCACGGGAGAUGGCGAGAUAUUCGAGAAGCUCAAAGAGAUCCUAUUCCAAGACUCGGCGCUCAACGGCGAGGCUGUUGGUCUGGCCAUGGGCCUCAUCAUGCUCGGCACCGGCAAUGUCAAGGCUCUCGAGGACAUGAUCACGUACGCACACGAGACGACGCACGAGAAAAUUGUCCGCGGAGUUGCCAUGGGCAUGGCUCUGAUCAUGUACGGUCGCCAGGAGGGGGCGGAUGUCCUGAUCGAGGGGCUCUUGAACGACCCCGACCCUACCUUGCGUUAUGGCGGUAUCAUGACGGUUGCCCUCGCCUACUGCGGUACCGGCAGCAACAAGGCGAUCCGGAAGCUCCUUCACACUGCCGUCAGCGACGUCAACGACGAUGUCCGUCGCAUCGCCGUCAUGAGCCUAGGAUUUAUCCUCUUCCGCAAGCCCGGCAGCGUCCCUCGCAUGGUGGAGCUGCUGUCCGAGUCGUACAACCCGCACGUCCGCUACGGUUCUGCCAUGGCCUUGGGAAUUUCCUGCGCCGGAACCGGGCUUGAUGAGGCCAUCGACCUGUUGGAGCCGAUGAUGAAGGACCCUACCGACUUUGUCCGACAAGGUGCGCUCAUAUCGCUGGCCAUGAUCAUGGUGCAGCAGAACGAGGUGAUGAACCCGAAGGUGGCCACGAUGCGCAAGUCCCUCCGGAAGGUGGUCAGUGAUCGCCACGAGGAUGCCAUGACCAAGUUUGGUGCAUCCCUCGCCCUGGGCAUCAUCGAUGCUGGCGGCCGCAACUGCACGAUUGGACUGCAGACCCAGACUGGCAAUCUCAACAUGGCUGGGAUCGUCGGCAUGUCCAUCUUCACGCAGUACUGGUAUUGGUUCCCCUUCACACACUUCCUGUCACUAAGCUUUUCGCCCACGGCCAUGAUUGGCCUCGAUCACGACCUCGAAAUGCCCGACUUCAAGUUCCACUGCGCAACGCGACAAAGCCUCUUUGAUUACCCGCCAAAGCAAGAGGUCAAGACCGAGGAGGGUCCUGCGUUGAUAGCUACCGCUAUUCUCUCGACCACUGCGCAAGCGAAGCGGAGGGCGCAGAAGAAGGAACGGGCUCAGCGUCGGGAGAGCAUGGAUGUCGACGUGCCACCACCGAAGACCGGCGACAAGAUGGACGUGGACGAGGAGAAGAGACCCGAGGACCGGAAAGACGAGGAUAAGAAGGACGACGUCAAGGACCACAAGGAUGGGGAGGAGAAGGAAACAUCGACAGAUGCGAAGAAGAAACCCGAGAAGGAAAAGAUUGGCUACGACCUGGAAAACAUGAGCCGAGUCCUGCCUGGCCAACUGAAGUACAUAAGCUUCCCGGCUGGUCGGUAUAAGCCGGUGAAAAAGCCCACCGGUGGCCCUCUGCUCCUCGACGACACUCAGCCGGAGGAGCCCAAAACACUGAUUGAAGAGAAGCUGAAGAAGGUGACGACCGAGCGCGCGCCGGUUGCCGGGCAGCAAAACGCAAGAAUAGGGGGCGGUCGAUCGGGCGGCAGGACGUUGCUGGAGGGCCUCGUGGAUCCGGCCCGAGGCUCAACGGGAAACCCGGUGAUGGAUCAGCUUCUGCGAAGCCAGGCCCAGGGCCGGUCACCGUUUGGCCUGCCAGAGGUUCGGGCAGGCGUUGAUGGUGGUGUGGGCUCUGGAGCAGCAGCUGCUGCGGGUGUAUUAACCGCCGUGGACGAGGACGCCGAGGGCGAUGAGGAGGCGCAAGUCCCUGGCGAGUUUGAUUACUUCACAGAUGGAGAGGUCGAGGACGAGUAA